GAAGGCAUGUGGAAUAUCUCUGAUCUGUGGACAUUCUUUGAGUAUGAUUUCAAUUUCACUGGCAUGCCACCUGUGGGUGAAGACUACAGCCCCUGUAGCCUGGACACUGAGAUGCUUAACAAGCAUGUUGUGGUGGUCAUCUAUGCUGUGGUGUUUCUGCUGAGCUUGCUGGGAAACUCCCUGGUGAUACUGGUCAUCUUAUACAGUCGGGUCAACCGUUCAGUCACCGAUGUCUACCUGCUGAAUCUAGCCGUGGCCGAUCUGCUCUUUGCUCUGACCUUGCCCAUCUGGGCGGCUGCUAAGGAGAAGGGCUGGAUUUUUGGCACACCCCUGUGCAAGAUGGUCUCACUCCUAAAGGAAGUGAACUUCUACAGUGGUAUUCUACUACUGGCCUGCAUCAGCAUGGACCGAUAUCUGGCCAUUGUCCAUGCCACACGGACACUGACCAAAAAGCGCCACUUGGUCAAGUUCAUAUGUCUGGGCAUCUGGGGAUUCUCUUUGAUUCUGUCCCUGCCCUUCUUCAUCUUCCGCCAGGCCUUUAGUGUUACCAAUUCCAGCCCAGUCUGCUAUGAGUUCCUGGGUAAUGAUACAGCAAAAUGGCGGAUGUGGUUGCGGAUCCUGCCCCAGACCUUUGGCUUUGUCAUACCGCUGCUCAUCAUGCUGUUCUGCUAUGGCUUCACCCUGCGCACCCUGUUUAAGGCCCACAUGGGGCAGAAGCACCGGGCCAUGAGGGUCAUCUUUGCUGUUGUGCUGGUCUUCCUGCUCUGCUGGCUGCCUUACAACCUGGUCUUGGUCGCAGACACCCUCAUGAGGACCCACUCAAUUGAGGAGACCUGUGAGCGCCGCAGUGACAUUGGCCGGGCCCUGGAUGCUACAGAGAUUUUGGGUUUCCUCCACACCUGCCUCAACCCCAUCAUUUAUGCCUUCAUUGGCCAAAAUUUUCGCAAUGGAUUCCUCAAGAUCCUGGCUACCCAUGGCCUGAUCAGCAAAGAGUUCCUGACACGUCAUCAUGUUACCUCAUACACUUCUUCCUCUAUCACUGUCCCUUCAAACCUCUGA